AUGGCAGACAUGUCUUAUGAAGACACUCAGCACCUUCUUGACUCUAUUACCGACACGAACUUUGACCAGCGUCUGAAUGAUCACAUGGAUGGCAAUGCUACUGAGGAAGUUGAUGAGGAUACAAAGGUAGAUAUGCUCACGGGUCUCAACACUUCCGCCUUUCAGAACCCUCGUGCCCAACAUGAAAUCGCGAACGAGGCUCUCCUAGCCUCUAACCCUUUUGAUAAGGAGUUCAUGGAGGCAUAUAACGCUGAAAAUUCUCGGACUCAAGCUUCUUCAGGGUCCGAUGCACAGUUGAGUGGUCCCCACAACAAUGGCAGUACUAUCGCCGACGAUGAUAGUCAACUUCCUGUCUCUUCAGCCGUCACACCUGCGACUCAGUUUUCUUCACCUAUGAAUCCUGAGGACUACUUGCCCGAGUCAUUUCAGACACAGCCAUAUCCACCUCUUAAUAACCAGCCUCAGGCCUACCCUGUUCCGAUGGGUCAGCCAUUCUAUGAUCAGACGGCCCUUCAACAAAUGCAGCCCUUUGCGGUACGACAACCUGGUCAUGGCGGACGUCGGAUGAGACAAACACAAUACGCUCAACAGCAACUCUUGUUCUCUAUGAACAACCAAAUUCAUCAACUUCUCCCUGGGCAAGUAUCUCACCCGCCCUUCCCAGUAUCUCAACCUCGCGUACCCCCCUCUCAAGGGGCACCUCGCAAGGGUCCUGCUCCCAGCGAACCAACCCGUCACAAGAUCCCAACCAACCCAGCCAACAUCAGCCCCCACAGUCUAGAGCAACAAUCACUCCUCUCAGAGCUGCAGCACUUCACUCACGAAUAUCAGGGCUACAUCACCAACCCAGUCCAAGCUCGCCAAAUAGGCAAUCUCUUCCUCUCCCUCGCACACCAUGAGGUCACAGUUACACCGCCAGAAAUGGAUCCCACAUUCCCCCGAACCAACGAAGCGUAUCGCGCUCGUGUGCAGGAACUCUUCAUGGCUAUUGUGGACUGGUCGAAUCCUAGGGGGUGGCGAACGAAGAUGGGGUCGAAGCUUGCUGUUCAGUGGGUUGAGGAAGUCAAGGCCUAUCGAAAGAGUGUUGGACUUUCUGUUGAGCCGUAUGAUAUGCUUGAUCACCAAAUCGAACCUCCUCUUGAGAGGAUGCCUCCUGUGAACGAGCAGUGGAAGAAUGUCGUUCAUCGUCAGUUGUCCAACAUUGAGAUUGAGAUUCUCAGUUCCAAGAUUCUCGACAACAAGGUUUUGAUUCACUCAGCUCUACGCUCAUCGUGGCUCUCCCGAAUCACCAACUCUCCAGUUGCCGAGCUUGUCCGCAAGGAGAACAACAAAGCUGGCAAUGACAAGAAGCGAAAUGCUGCUAGUCGUCUGAGUGGCAAGGGUGCGAAGAGACCUCAGAAUGAAGAGAGUGAAGAUGAAGGGGACGGUAGAAAGGUCAAGAGGAAGCGAUACUGA